CGAAUCGAUGUCGCGUUUGGCACGCUGCAAUUUGGAUAACUUUAAUCCCCCCCUCCCCUUCACCUGCAUCUUCAUAACAACCCACGGAGAGGAGCCCCUAGACUACCUGCACCUUCCAUCGUCUCCACAAGAGGAGGGUGCCGGAGAGGCGGGCCAUGAAGCACCUGCCAAUCUCCCGCUGGCUGGGCCAGCUGGGCCUGCCGCAGUACUGCCGGCUCUUCGAUGAGGAGUACGACGGCGUGGAGAGCUGAGGAUGAUGGCGGAGGGGAAGUUCGCCAGCCUGCCCCGGAACAUGCAUAUGGGGCGGCAGUGCCCCCUGGCAUCGUCCAUGGACCUGCUGAGCAGCAGCCGCCGCGUGCCCGGGGGCCGCGUGAUGGGCGACAUGCCCCCCUCGGCCAGCGAGGGCUACCAGGGCUUCUCCAUCCACGGCACGCUGCCCCGCAAGAAGAAAGGGGGGGGCCCGUCGUCUGUGGCGGGGCGCCACUGGGACGUGAGCGGCUACUCGGGCUCGCUGCCGCACCCGGGCCGCGCCCGCCUGCCCUCCUCGCCACUCGUCCACAACGUCAUCGACGAGCACCAGCCCUUUCACACGCUCAGGGACGUGUGUCCAGCAUACAGGGAUCCUUGUGGCAUGGACCCCACCAUGGAGUAUGUGAAGUUCUCCCGGGACAAGUACAUCAUGGACGGGCCGCCAGAGAAGCUGCGGCGGGAGCUGGAGGAAGAGCUGAAGCAGGCCAGCGAGGAGCCGCGCAGCCACGCAUGGUACCACGGAGCCAUCCCACGACAGGUGGCGGAGAACCUCGUCCAGAGGGACGGUGACUUCCUGAUCCGCGACUCCCUGUCGAGCCCGGGGAACUACGUGCUGACCUGCCAGUGGAAGAACAGCCCGCAGCACUUCAAGAUCAGCAAGCGCGUGGUGGCGCUGAACGAGGCCUACUCGCGCGUGGAGUACCUCCUGGAGGCCGAGGGCUUCGACAGCGUGCCCGCCCUCGUGCGCUACUACGUGGGCAACCGCCGGCCCGUCUCCGAGGUGGUCGGCGCCAUCAUCUUCCAGCCAAUCAACCGCGGCCUGCCCCUGCGCUGCCUGGAGGAGAAGUACGGCGUCGGGGCCCUGCGGCCGGACGGAAGCCAUCUCGGCGACCGCAAGAGCCACACCUCCAAACGCCUGAGUCUGAACAUCCUGAACGGCCACAGCCAGGAGCAGGCCAUCAGCAGGGGGAACCUCCUCAGCAACAAGGACAAGUGUGGCAGCCAGCCUGCGUGUCUCAACCACGUCCAGGAGCGGCGCCGGCCUCUGAAGACACACCAGUCCGAGAGCUUCCUACCCCUCGGUUCUAGACCUCCGGCCCAGCUUCCCCACAUGGACCUGCAGCCCAGCCCCAAGUCCCCCGUGUUCCGGACGGGCAGCGAGCCGGCGCUGAGCCCCACCGUGCCCCGCAAGAUGCCCCUGGAGAUGCGCGCCGGCGAGGCCAUCCGCGGCUCCGACAGCCAGCUGUGCCCAAAGCCGCCGCCCAAACCCAGCAAGGUGCCCGCCACGGGCAUCCCACGGUCCCCUCGCCUACAGCACCUCACCCCCCCGCCCCCACUGCCCCCGCAGAAGCCCCAGAAGGAGCACCUCCUCCUGAUGAUCCAGCAGCAGCAGCAGCAGCAGCAGCAGCAAAUGGCUCCGUACGGCCCCGAGGUGAACUACUGCGAGCUGAGCCCAUGCGGCCAGGCGGACUGGGAGCGGAUCAACGGGCAGCUGCCCGCUGGUGGCGGCAGCGUUGGCACACUGGGCAGCAACAGCAACAGCGGCAGCGGCAGCAGCAGCUACGUGGAGAGGCUGCGGAGAGACGAGGACCAGAGGAGCAUCAGCACCACCAGCGGCGGCAGUAGCCUCAGCACGGCCAGCGACAACACGGCCAAGCUGGACCGCAGCUCCUACCACCAUGCCAUCGAGGCCCUGGACAACGCCAGCGACGAGGACGACGAGGACUUUGAUUUGGAGGAAGAGGAGGAGGAGGAAGACAGCCGGAGGCAACAGCCGGAGCGCGACGUCAUCGGGAGGGGCGGAGGAGGAGGGACGGAGGUGGACGAGCUGGCCGAGGAGAAGCUGAGACUCCGGUUCCGGCGGCCGGUGUUCGAGACGGAGUCGCAGUUCCGGCCGGGCGAGACCACGUUCCGUCUGCUGCCCAUGGCGGAGAACAAGCCGCUGGAGAUGAGCGUGCUGAAGAGGUCCAAAGAGCUGGUGGUCAGCAAGGACCACCGCGUCAUCGCCAAACACCUCCUGCUGGCCGACUGUCAGGUUGCCAGGACACUGAACGUUUCCGAGGAGAUGAAAGGUCAAAUGGGUGUGACCUCUGGGCUGGAGCUGUUGACCCUCCCACAUGGAAGGCAACUGCGUCAAGACCUGAUGGAAAGGCACCACACCAUGGCCAUCGCGGUAGCCGUGGACAUCCUGGGCUGCACGGGGAGCCUGGAGGAGCGCGCCGCCACCCUCAACCGCAUCGUCCUGGUGGCCCUGGAGCUGAAGGACGCCAUGGGGGACCUGUUCGCCUUCUCCUCCAUCAUGAAGGCCCUGGACAUGCCCCAGAUCACACGGCUGGACCACACUUGGACCACCCUGAGGAGAAAGUACACUCAGACGGCCAUCAUCUAUGAGAAGUCUCUCAAGCCCUUCUACAAAGGCCUGUACGAGGGCACUGUGGAGGUGCCCCUGAGCAGCACCACUAUCCCCCUGCUACUGCCCCUGCUGACGCUGAUGGAGCGCCCCGCCGUGGCCUUUGAGGGCAUGGAGCUGUGGGAGAGCAACGACCAGGGCUGCGAGAUCAUGCUGCGCCACCUAGAGGAGGCUCGCGCCAUGGCACACAACGCAGACAUCUACACUGCCAACGCAAAGAAAGCGCUGCAAGAUGUGCAGGCGGACGCGGACCUGCUGGAGAUCUUCAGGACGGACUUCCAGCUGCGUCUGCUCUGGGGCAGCCGCGGUGCGGCGGUCAACCAGGCCGAGCGUUACGACAAGUUCAACCUCAUUCUCACGGCCCUGUCCAGGAAGCUGGAGCCGCCGGUCAAACACACGGAGCUCUAAUCGCUCCGCUCGGUCGCUCGGUCGCUCGGCCCCCACGCGGAAUGCAACUGGACUUUAUACGUCUGCUAAUGAACAGUUAUUGUGGCCUGUAAAAUGGACGUUGAUUCGGUAAUUAAGGCCAGGCUCACGGAAGGACACACCAGCCUCGGGACUCCACUCACGUGGAGGCUGGUGGAGGUGCACUUUUUUCCCCCAGAAGUCCUCUGGACAUAGACUCACAUGUGUGUAUGUGUGUGUACAGUAUGUGUGUUUGUACACAGUGUUCACCAGACUUGGUCUCGAUCUACGUCUGAACAGACGCAUGAGAGGCAGUUGUUGCCAAGGCACAGCUGAGUUGGAGAAGCCUCAUGUUCCACAGGACUCUAGCGCCUCUAGUGGACGAGUAGUGAAACACCACUCGACAAGUGGACCUAGAGUGGACCUGUACUCCUCACGGGACUGGACUCUUUCAGAUCCUGGACUUUUUAAAAAGUGUUGUUGUAAAAAUGAAACUCUGGUAUGGAUGUUGUAUCUCAGUGUUGAUGUGUUGAACACAGCGAUGAUAAUGCCAAGGACGUAGUAGUAUUAGGCCAUUGAGAAGGGGUAGUUGUACAGAGACAGGCAGGUGACUGCAUGACUAUACUGAAGAAACCAAAUGGUGGGAAACGUGGUGGGUUCCAAGCGCUAAAGCUAGACCCAAGCCUGCUGUAGAAACCCACUGGAUUCAUGGUGCAAUUCUGCCCCCCCCCCCCCAGCAGUCUUCUCCGCAGGUUUUGAAGAGUACUGUUUGCACAUUAACAGUCAUGUAUCGCCAGUGAAAUGAAAUGUUCAUCUGGUAUUUGCUGUGCUUCAGUAGGUUGUGUCGACCUCACAUACAAAGGUGUAAAUAUGUUGGUUAAUAACGUAAGCAUGUUAAUGCAAGGCUGUAAUAUAUUUCCUUCUUAAUAUUAUUGACCUGUAAAUAGAGCCUCGUAAUAAUUUUAAUAUCUUUAUAUGGAGUAUUGCGAUAUGAAUAGAUCAAGAGAGGUUUAAAUAAAACUACUUUUUAACUCCUAUAUCCUUCUCAUGUUCAGGAGGUUCCUUCUUAAAAUCCUGUCGUAAGACCAUGUGUUCCAAAAGGCAUUUGGUAAUAAACUAGGUGAACAACU